AUGACGGAAUGUCAAAUUAUUGAUGCUCAAGGUCGUUUCGUGGGCGCGCUGACGAACGACGUUAGUGACGCAUCCAUCUCCUCUUAUCUUGUCGUUUCCGUUGUGGGUUGUCAGUCCGGUGGAAAAUCAACACUGCUCAAUACCGCGUUUGGAACUUCUUUUCCUGUCCUGGAUGCUCCGAAGUCUGGUCGCCGCCGGACAACUCUUGGCGUAUGGGGGGCGGUCGCAGAAUGUACACCGCCAGUAGUUGUUCUAGAUGUGGAAGGAACGGAUUCAAGGGAACGUGGCGAAGGUGCUGUUGCGUUCCAGGCUCGUACUGCAAUGCUUGCAUUAGCUCUUUCUGACGUCGUCCUCGUCAACAUGUGGGCUCACGACGUCGGACGACAUUCAGCAGCAAAUUAUGACCUUUUCGAAACAGUAUUUGCCCACGCCGCCAGUUUACGAAGAAGAGACUCCCCCGUGCGACUUGUUGUUGUCGUAAGGGAUUGCGAGCCUGAUGCACCUGUUCACGACAUUUCCCGCGUCCUCACUGGAGAUCUCAGAAACAUCUGGGCUAGUUUGAAGAAGCCCGACAAGCUGUUUAAUCAGCUUUUCAGCCUUCGCGUUCUCGCUAUGCCUCACAAGAAAUAUGCGCCAGAAAGGUUUUCCUCAGAGGUCAAGGAAAUGGGAAAGAGCAUUAUUAGUAGCGGGGAGCAACAAUUUCGGCAGCCUGUGCCACUCACUGGGUUUGAUACGUUCUCAAGGGAGGUGUGGUUUUCUAUUUGCCACAAGACUGGAGGUGACGGGCCAGAUGCGGCGUUCACUUUGGACUUGCCCAGGCAUGUGGCACUGACGGCUCACUACAAAUGCGGAGAAGUCCUUACUGGCGUAUUUAAUGGACCCGUCGGUGUUCGUCUUGAAGAGCUUUUGGCAGAAAUUGAAUUGAAUUGGAACAAACCAAUUCCAGAUUUUGGGAGCAGGAUAGAUGACAUUGCGCGUGAUGCUUUUUUGCAAUACGAUACCGAGACACGAGCAUACCAAGGAGCGAAGCUGGCAGGAGACGCUUUGAGACAAAGACGGCGGGAACUGGGUGCAAAGUUGGUCGGAAUUCUGAUGGAGCGCCGAGAGAGAUAUUUGUGGGUUUGCCGGGAGUUUUGCCGAAAGAAUUUUGAGGACGAGUUCAGGCCGAUGCUUGGCGGCACAAAUGGCUUUGAGAGAAAUGCAAAGCGAUUAGGCAAUUCUUUUGUGAAGAGAUAUCGGCACUUGCUUGUAGGCUCGCGCCUUCCAUCAUCUUUAGACGAAUUCAUCCUCGCGAACGAAGCGGAAAGGAAGAAAGAGGAAAUUGCUUCGGACGGUGACACUACGGGAGAAGAGUCGGCUGGUAUCCAAAUUCUUGAUACCGAACAGGCUUUUCAGGAACUUUCUGACAACAGCGACGACGAAGGAGAUGACGACGAAUACUCCGUUGAAGCAUUCAAGAAGGAUCUCUUCCGCAUGGUAGAGGAAAGGCGAAGGCUCGGGGAGAUCAUGUUACCAGGGGGUAGUAAUUUAGUUGCGGCUGGCCCCAAGCCCGAACCAUGGUGGAAGGGACUCCUGAUUAGAGGUGCCAUCCUACUUAUCAAUUAUUUGCAAGCUACACAGGGACAGCGGGCAGCGCUGAAGCUUCAACGCAAACACGAAAAAGAGUUUCCACCUGGUCCAACUUUUUAAAGCUCAUGUCUGAAGGAUCGGUGCGGAUUUUUAUUUGCUGACAUAUUCACGUGAUGUGCAUGGCGUUUGCUCUUAUCGUGCCAGAAUUUACACUGCAAUCUAGCUGCUUGUGAAGAAACACCCUUUGAUGGUAAUGAUGGGUAGAAAAGGACGAACUUUGCGCUCAUCAACUUGAUCGUUCUGGCCUGGCAGACCUUGUGUCUCCCUUGCUUCGGAAGAAACAUCUCUCUCACGAAAAAGAUAUCUUACUCCAACAACUGCUCUGCUGAGAUGUUUGUAUUGGUUUGCUGCCCGUAUACCCUGCACAUAAAUUAGUUAGUUCAAUGAA